ACGGAAGUACGCCGUCUCAUUUAGCGUUUACCACAUUCUUGUGUCGUACUUAUUAGCAAUGUCCGAGUUAGAUAUAAACUCUGAGAACUUAUUUUCACCUCAGGUUAAUUUACGUGAAAUCGAUUUAGAUAAUGCAUACGAUUUAGAGCCGAGUGGAGAUGAGAUUAUCCAUCCCCCAAAAAAACGAAAGCGUCUUUAUAUAAGAAGGGAUUCAGAAACUAAAUGUGAUUCGGUGGAAAAUGCUGUCACUGAAAAUGUAGCUCAUGUGUCUUCAAGUAGGCUACAAAAAUGGAGAGAACCAACGGAACACCAACUAUCGCAGAUUGCAUUCACGGAGCCAACGGGUAUCAAGAAACCGUAUGACGAAGAACUACGAAAUGCAGAUCCAGGGGCCUAUUUCUCAUUAAUAGUCUCAGACGACAUUUUUGAGGAAAUCGCAGUGCAAACCAACUUGUAUGCUGAGCGACGCGAGAGCACAAUGCCUUCCUCGCGUUUGAAUAGUUGGAAGCCAACAAACAAAAAUGAAGUCAAGAGUCUUUUUGGACUUAUUAUGUACAUGGGACUAGUCAAACUCCCAAAAAUAAGUCUAUACUGGAGCACAGACAGGGUUUUCAAACAAACUUUUGCGCCUUCGAUUAUGAGUCGAAAUAGAUUCGAACUUUUGUUGCAGAAUCUGCAUUUCGUUGACAACGAAAUAGCUGAUGCCGCCGAUAGAAUCUAUAAAAUACGCAGUCUGAUAGAUAAGUUAAACAAAUCAUUUCAACGGUGCUAUUCGCCCAAAGAAGAAGUUUGUGUCGAUGAAACUCAGGUCCCUUACAGCGGGCGAUUGAUCUUAAGGCAGGACAAUAAAAGGAAAAUGCAUAAAUGUGGAAUGAAGCUGGUCAAACUGUGCACAAUACCAGGUUAUACCUGUAAAUUAGAACUUUACGCUGAUAAAAACAACGAACCACUGAAUGCAACGCCUAAAAAUGUUAUAAUGUCACUCUGUAAAGAAAUACUUGAUUUGGGGCACACCGUAGCUACGGAUAAUUCGUACACAAGUUUGGAUUUAGCCCACGAACUUCUAGACAGGAAUACUCAUUUAUUAGGCACACUGAGAAAAAAUAGUAAGGGCCUCCCGAAACAAGUAAUUGAUGCAAAACUUAAACAAGGCGAAUCUGUGGAAAUGGAAAACGAAAGAGGCAUAACAGUGUUACACUGGAAAGAUGAACAAAGUGUGUUAAUGCUCUCCACAAAACACACUAAAGAAUUUCCUAGUGUGCCCAUAAAAGGAAAAAUAGUUCGAACACCGAAAAUUAUUAUAGCGUAUAAUAAAGCAAAAGGAGCUAUUCACACGAGCGAUCAAAUGAGCGCAUAUUCAUCGCCAUUGAGAAAAACUCUAAAAUGGUAUAAAAAGUUAGGCAUCGAAUUAAUUUUAAACACGGCCGUAGCCAACGCCUGGAUCAUGUUUUGCGAAAAUACGGCUCAGCAAGGAAUUGUAGAAUUCCGACGUCAAUUAGUGGAAUAUCUAGUAGACUUUGGGAAAGACGAAUCCGAAGAUAACGAGAAUGAAUCUAUUUCCAAGAGACCUGAAAGACUAAAACAUACAUUGAUAACAAAAGAAGGCAAAGUUAGGCAAUCAAGGCGCUUCUGUGUAGAAUGCUACAAAAACUGUGUUUCCAUAUUUGGAUCAAGAAUUGCCAAAAACAGGGCCAAAAAAGUGCCAACUUAUUGUCCUGAAUGUCCUGCACAACCCCACUAUUGCCUUCAAUGUUUUAAUAAGUGCCAUCCUUAUACUAUGUAA